GAGUCCCGAAGCUUGAGCCGAAGAUGAAGACGGCAGUCAUCGUUGCCUUGCUCCUGGUGUGCUUCAUCAUGGCCACGCAUGCAGAUCACCUUAUCGAUCCGGGGUGCGACGAGGAACACCCGCACCGGCAUUGUCACGGCCCCGACGAAACGGACUGCGACUGCGAGGCUGACCACCUUGACGACCACCACGACCACGGCCACGACCACGGCCACGACCACGACAAAGGCCACGACAAAGGCCACGGCCACGACCACGACCACAGCCACGAUCACUGAGGCCCACCCUGCAUCGUUGGCAGCGCCGAGGCGUCGCCCCCCGCCCCUCGACCCAGGCUCAGCUGGAAGUUGGAGCGGUUUCAGCGGCGGAAUACGGCAGAGGACGGCGGCCCGGGCGCACGGCUGAGCUGCUGACCGCAGACUCUCCUCGCUGCUCAGUUUACUGAAGGUGUGUAGCAGGGGGGGGGGGGGGGGGAUGGCGCAAAGUGGCGCAGUUUUUCAGAUGCCAUCAGAGCUUAUGCGCCACGUCGCCACUUUACCAAAGUUGUUGGAAACGAGGCACCGUGGUGCGGUAGCAUUGCCCAUACCUGCGCUCGAACCACUGGAUUUGUCUGACCAUGUCACUGAUCGUGCAAUUUGUCAGCAGAAUACAAGAUUAUCAUUUGA